AAAAAAGAAAAAAGAACUCACACAGUCUAGGGUGGGUCUGCUCGCUGCUUACAAGGAGAGGCACUCUUGCAUUCAUGGUGGUGUAGAGAUAACCUGAGCACUUUUUUUUCACCCCUUUUCCCCUUGGCUUUUGCACAGAAGGAAGACUCAUGUCAUUGCUAUAGACAUGAUGAUCUCUAGGCAUCAGAGGACUUUCUUUUUUCUGAUUUCAACUGCUCUGGUUUUGAUUAUUUCAUGUCAGGACGAAGAUGAGAAGGAUUGUAUUGCAGACGGUCAGACAUACAACAACAAGGACAUUUGGAAGCCGGAGCCAUGUCGAAUUUGUGCCUGCGACAACGGUCGCGUCAUCUGCGAUGAAAUCCAGUGUGAAGAGCUGAGAAACUGUGAUGGGGUGAUCAUCCCAGAAGGGGAGUGUUGCCCUGUUUGUCAGGGUGAUAGCCCCGAUCAAGUAGGCAAUGGUCGAGUCGCUAAGGGCCAGAAAGGAGAACCUGGAGAUGUUCCACUAGUGACAGGCAUCAGAGGACGCCCUGGACCCAUGGGUCCUCCAGGCUCUCCAGGAGACAGAGGACUGCGCGGGCACAAAGGAAGGCCUGGAUUGCGAGGCCCUCCAGGCUUUGAUGGAGAGCCUGGUAUACCCGGUCAGCCUGGUGAACCGGGACCCCCAGGUCCUCCUCCACAACAUGGAGUGGGAGGCUACAUGGCAGAAGGAUUUGGUGGGAAAACUGGACCUCAAGCCAUGCUGAAUGGAGCAAGGGGAGAGGCUGGAACAAGAGGACCUCCUGGACCAAACGGUUCACCUGGUCAAGCUGGACCACAAGGAUCUCCUGGAGAUGUUGGUGAACCAGGACACAUGGGACCACCUGGCCAAAGGGGACCUGAGGGGCCUCCAGGGAAACCAGGAGAAGAUGGAGAAGCGGGUAAAGCAGGAAACCCUGGAGAGGUUGGAUUCCCAGGAUCAGCAGGUCCCAGAGGAUUUCCUGGUACACCAGGACCCCCUGGCAUUAAGGGUCACAGAGGUCAUGCUGGACCAAUCGGCUUAAAAGGCGAAACUGGAUCAGUUGGAUCAAAGGGUGCCACAGGGGGCCGUGGUCCGAUGGGAGCACCAGGGCCAAUGGGUCCUGCUGGGAUGCCUGGGGAGAGAGGACGUCCUGGACCCAGCGGUGUUCCAGGUAAACGAGGCUCACCUGGAAAUCUGGGGAAGCCUGGUCCAAUGGGUCCUUUGGGUCUCAGUGGCCCACCUGGAUAUCCGGGAACUCCUGGCAUGAAGGGACAACCUGGUCCCACUGGUGUGCGUGGUCCAGAAGGCCCACAGGGGCAGAGAGGAGAGACAGGUCGUCAGGGUUCCCCUGGACCAGUUGGCCUAAGGGGUCCCGUGGGAGGAGAUGGGGGCCCUGGUACCAAAGGACCAGUGGGUAAUGUUGGUCCCCAAGGUCCAGGAGGCCAUUCUGGACCUCCUGGUCCACCAGGACCUCAGGGAAGCACCGGUCAACCUGGUAUCAAAGGACAAGGGGGAGAUGUUGGUGUACCAGGUUUUAAAGGAGAUGCUGGACCUAAAGGAGAACCUGGUCCACCAGGCUCUCAGGGUGUGAUUGGACCUCAGGGGGAGGAAGGAAAGCGAGGGCUACGUGGGGACCCAGGGUCUGUUGGCCCGAUUGGUCCUGUUGGAGAAAGAGGAGCUCCUGGAAACAGGGGAUUCCCUGGUGCCGAUGGUCUGCCAGGACCUAAGGGUGCUCAAGGAGAUCGUGGCACGUCAGGCCCACCAGGGCCUAAAGGUUCUUUAGGAGACCCAGGUCGUCCAGGAGAACCUGGUUUACCAGGUGCAAGGGGUCUUACUGGAACACCUGGUGUCCAGGGAGCAGAAGGAAAGCCAGGACCACUGGGGGCCCCAGGCGAAGAUGGUCGUCCAGGCCCAGCAGGGUCCAUUGGAAACAGAGGACCUGCAGGAACCAUGGGAGUGCCAGGCCCCAAAGGCUUCAGUGGUGAUCAAGGAAAAACUGGUGAACAAGGAUCUGCAGGAGUGCCAGGUCAAAGAGGUCCUCCAGGAAAAGAUGGAGAAGUUGGCCCUGCAGGUCCUCCUGGCCCAUCUGGUGUAGCAGGAGAAAGAGGAGAGCAGGGACCACCAGGUGUAAACGGAUUUCAGGGUCUACCUGGUAACCAAGGUCCUCCUGGAGAACCUGGUAAACCAGGUGAUCAGGGCAUUCCCGGAGAGCUUGGUCCUGUGGGUCAAGUUGGACCAAGGGGAGAGCGUGGUAUUCCUGGGGAAAGAGGAGAACUGGGCUCAAGUGGCCUGCAAGGACCUAAAGGUAUUCCAGGUGCACCAGGUCCAGAUGGACCAAAGGGUAGCCCUGGCCCCACUGGUGCUUUGGGUGACAUGGGACCCCCUGGUCUUCAGGGAAUGCCAGGAGAGAGAGGCAUCUCUGGUCCUCCUGGACCAAAAGGUGACAGAGGAGCAAUUGGUGAAAAGGGAUCAGAGGGUACGCCUGGAAAUGAUGGUGCAAGAGGAACCCCUGGACCUGUUGGUCCAGCAGGACCCGCUGGACCAAGUGGUGAAAAGGGAGAACCUGGACCCAAAGGACCCCUUGGACCUCCAGGGUCUAGAGGAAUACAUGGAGCAAGAGGUGACCCUGGACCAAUUGGUGCUGUUGGAUUUGCUGGACCCCCUGGUCCUGAUGGCCAACCAGGAGUCAAGGGAGAACCUGGAGAGCAAGGACAGAAAGGAGAUGCUGGGUCUCCUGGACCACAGGGCUUAGCUGGUGCUCAUGGACCUCAUGGUCCAGUUGGUGUCGCUGGAUUAAAAGGAGGAAGAGGAACACAAGGUGCACCGGGUCCCACUGGUUUCCCUGGGUCUGCUGGACGAGUCGGACCACCUGGCCCAACCGGUCCUGUUGGAGAAGCUGGGGCCCCUGGACCACCAGGAAAAGAGGGUCCUCCUGGUCUUCGUGGAGAUCAUGGACCUCCUGGAAGACAAGGCGAGCGAGGACCUGCAGGACCACCGGGUAGCCCAGGAGACAAAGGAGAUGGUGGAGAAGAUGGCCCCACGGGUCCAGAUGGUCCUCCCGGUCCAGCUGGUACCACAGGACAGAGAGGCAUUGUUGGUCUUCCAGGCCAAAGAGGAGAACGUGGUAUGCCAGGACUUCCAGGACCAGGGGGUCCACCAGGAAAGCAGGGAGCCCCAGGACCAUCUGGAGACAAAGGCCCUUCAGGUCCAGUUGGUGUUCCAGGUGCUACCGGACCCCGUGGAGAUCCUGGUCCUGAGGGACCUGCAGGAACUGAUGGGCCCCCAGGAAAAGAUGGUCUUCCUGGACAAAGGGGAGACAGAGGAGAUCUUGGUCCAGAGGGCUUAAUUGGUCCUCAGGGACUUCCUGGACCUAAUGGCCCCGUUGGAGCACCAGGUGAUCCAGGAAAGAGGGGAGAACCUGGCUCAAGAGGACCUCAAGGCCCACCUGGACAAGCUGGGAAGAGAGGACUGGGGGGACCUCAAGGACCAAGAGGAGACAAAGGAGACCUUGGGGAUCAUGGAGAGAGAGGCCAGAAGGGACACAGAGGCUUCACCGGUCUACAGGGUCUUCCUGGACCUCCUGGUACCACUGGUGAACAAGGAGCUCCAGGCAUUGUUGGACCAGGUGGUCCUAGGGGGCCUCCUGGACCUGUUGGGCCUCCUGGAAAGGAAGGAUAUAUGGGCCAGUCAGGGCCAAUGGGACCUCCAGGAACCCGUGGACUCAGUGGAGAAAUAGGACCAGAGGGCCCUCCUGGUGAACCUGGGCCUCCUGGCCCUCCCGGUCCCCCUGGACCUCCUAUAGCAGCUAUGGAUGACCUGUUCGCAGGCCUUCAUGAUUAUGACUCCGGGAUACCUCCUCCACCCGAGUUCAGCGAAGACGAGGCUAUGCCCAACUCCAACUCCACCACUAUCGUGCCCAUCGAUCCUGGAGUUCAGGCCACUUUGAAGGCUCUCAGCAGCCAGAUCGACAGCAUGAAGAGCCCCGACGGCAGCAAGAAACACCCUGCCAGGACCUGUGAUGACCUGAAGAGGUGCUACCCAAUGAAGAAGAGCGGAGAAUACUGGGUAGAUCCAAACCAAGGCAGUGCAGAGGAUGCCAUCAAAGUGCACUGCAACAUGGACACUGGAGAGACAUGCAUUUCUGCCAACCCGUCCAGCAUACCUCGUAAAGUGUGGUGGAGCUCUUCCAGGAACAAACCUGUGUGGUUUGGAGCAGACAUCAACCGAGGGACCCAUUUCACUUAUGGCAACCAGGAUCAGCCGGUAAACUCUGUCACAGUGCAGAUGACCUUCAUCCGACUGCUGUCCAAAGAGGCCUCGCAGACCAUCACUUACCACUGCAAGAACUCUGUGGCCUACAAGGACCAAAAAAAUGGUAACUUGAAGAAAGCAGCCAUCCUCAAGGGCUCCAAUGACCUGGAGCUGAAAGCAGAGGGGAACAACCGCUUCAGAUACACAGUGCUGGAGGAUUCCUGCACGCAAUCAAAUGGCAACUGGGGCAAGACAGUGUUUGAGUACAGGACACAGAAAACUGCCAGACUCCCCAUUGUGGAUAUUGCCCCCGUGGACAUUGGUGGCCCCGAUCAGGAAUUCGGCAUUGAUAUCGGGCCAGUGUGCUUCUUGUAGAGCCGCCAGGAAGGACAAGUGGAGGACUUUCUGGGGACAGUUGAACUGCCGGCUGAUGGGAUCAGCUGCAUUGUACAUAGAAGUACUGAGGACUGUUCCAGCCCUGUGGCGAGAUAUUUAUUGUGCCUUUUCAAGCCCAGUUUGAGACAACAAAGAUUUGGGAGUUAGCUAAAGUGUUUGAAAUUUCUAGAAAAAUUUUUCUUAAAGUUUCACUCAUCCAUCUCUUGUAAGCUUAAGCUUCAGCAGUUGUGAGUUGAAUCUUUUUAUAUAUUUAAAAAAAAUAAUGCCAAAGGAUAAAAAAAAUUGGAAAAAAUGUCUUGUAAUUAGCAUACGACUAAAGUCGCUUUGAGUCUGCAUCCCAUCGCUACAAUUCCUUUCACUGAUAUUUCCUGUAAAAUUGAUCACAUUCUUUAAAUAUGGUGCUAUGAGGAGAAUCACAGUUGCUGAUGAGUUCGCAGAUGCAGUGUUGGUUAUCUGAUGUCCAGAUAUUUUGAGCUCUGUGCCCACCACAAAGAAGAUCGGUACUGUCGACUGCUCGGUGUUAGCUACCUCAUCGCCUAAACUGACAAAACAAUGACAACCCCAUGCAAGCCUUCUCUGCACCAGGUGCUGUUUGUGUAAGUAGUGUGAUCUUUCUGUCUGUGUGGUACAGGACAGGCUCUGGUCAAUAAAGAUCUUUUUUGUCAACUGUGGAGGGAUAAAUGAGGUGGUGUGUGCUGAUGGGUAACUUUUUUCUUUUCUUUUUUUUUUUUUUUUUACAUACGAUACAGUAACAGAUAGUGCAUUAUAUCCCCUUUUUAUGCAUGCCGGCUCUCCCUUUGCAGUGUCUGUGUGCCUGAAAGCCUUUUUAUAGAGCAAAAUAGCUUUGAGCGGCUGUUUGGUUUUUUUUUUUGUUUUUUUUUUGCUAUGCAACAAAUUAAAGCAAAUGCUUGUUAAUCCCCCCAA